AUGCAGUCCAAUUGCCGUCGCGCCACUGGCUAUUUGCCAAUCGAGAACUAUGGAUUGAUCGGAAAUAUGCAUACUUGCGCAAUGGUGGGUAUCGAUGGGAGUGUGGACUACAUGUGUUGGCCAAACUUCGAUUCUCCUUCGGUCUUCUGCAGACUACUUGACAAAGACAAAGGCGGUCACUUUAGUAUCUCUCCCCCGCCGCACAUCACCUGCACCACAAAGCAACAAUAUCUCCCUUCCUCCAAUCUCUUACAGACACGCUAUAUUCAUGAAGAUGGCGUUGUCGAUCUCGUCGAUUUCUUCCCUCGCCCCAAGAGCGACCAUGUCAUAGCCAAGAGUACCCAGCAGAUGUCCUUUCGGGAAGCCGUCACAGUACAAGCUGAGCUGAAGAAGUGGCUGGUGAGACGGGUUGAAUGUAUCCGUGGAAAGGUCAACCUAGAUGUGGAGAUCUUUCCCUCCUUCGAUUAUGCCCGUGCCGCACAUACUGUGAACAUCCUGCACCGGACCAUGGGAGAAAGCAAGGCCGUCACAUUUUGGAGCAAUGAUGUACACCUACAGGUGGAUGUGACUAUUGAUCAUGGCGAGGAUGAUGCAGAAUCAUGCCCCACAGUUAUAUUCAGGAAAGAGAAGAGAGAGCAUAUGCUCGGGGAGGGCGUAGUGGCAAACAUCCAUCUUGAAGAGGGUCAAGCCAUUUCGUUCGUCAUUCGAGAGGAUCUGCCAAAUCAUAUCACGCCAGUUAUCAAAACAGAAACCCUCGAUCAACAGCAACAUGACACACAAUCGUUCUGGCUUAACUGGAUAUCAAAGAGCAAAUACAAGGGCCGUUGGAGAGAGGUUGUUGAUAGAAGCUUGCUGGUAUUGAAGCUACUAACCUUUGAACCGACGGGUGCAAUUAUAGCUGCUCCUACUUUCUCCAUACCAGAGGCUAUUGGCGGAGUCCGGAACUGGGACUACCGAUAUUCCUGGAUUCGAGAUUCAAGCUUUACUAUCUACAUUCUUCUUCGAGUGGGCUUCACCGAAGAGGCGGAUGCGUACAUGUCGUUCAUAACUGAUCGACUCCGUAAGUCGCGAUCUACUGAAGGAGCGCUCCCAAUCAUGUCUACAAUCCACGGUGGGACCGAUAUUCCUGAGAUAGAACUCAGCCAUCUUGACGGAUAUCGAGGCUCGAAGCCUGUCCGCAUCGGCAACGGCGCCGCACACCAUCAACAAUUCGAUAUUUACGGAGAGCUCAUGGAUUCUAUCUACUUGUAUAACAAGUAUGGCAAGCCAGUAACGUGGGAUCAAUGGGUUGCCGUCCGAGAGGUCCUUGACUAUGUUUUGACCAUCUGGAAAGAACCCGACAUGUCCAUCUGGGAGGUCCGCAACAAGAAGCAAAACUUCAUCUACUCAAAAAUCAUGCUCUGGGUAGCCUUUGAUCGGGGUCUUCGCCUCGCAGAUAAGCGAUGUCUCCCUUGUCCUAACCGCAGUACGUGGCUCAGCACGAGGGACGAAAUUUACGAGGAGAUCAUGAAUAAAGGUUACAGCGAGGACUUUGAAUGCUUCAUUCAAAGCUACGAAAGCGGCGAUGUUCUAGACUCUAGCAUACUGAUAGCCCCACUCGUCUUCUUCAUUGCACCAAAUGAUCCCCGCUUUCUCCGCACGGUCGACCGUAUUCUCCUUUCUCCAGAAAAAGGAGGUCUCACCUCCACCGGCCUUGUAUACCGCUACAACAGCGCGCUCUCCGAGGAUGGAGUUGGUGGUCGCGAAGGGGCCUUUUCGAUGUGCACAUUCUGGCUCGUCGAGGCGCUGACAAGAGCUGGUCUGCAUGAACCAAAAUAUAUCGUCAAAGCGGUCAAUAUUUUUGAAAAUAUGCUAAGUUUUGGAAACCACCUUGGGGUCUUUUCUGAAGAGAUCGCAAGGAGUGGCGAGCAGCUGGGGAAUACGCCGCAGGCUUUUAGUCAUCUUGCUCUAGUCUCAGCUGCAUUCAACUUGGAUAGGGCGACAUCGGCCAAACGAUGA